AUGUCGUUUCCAAUUGUCUACAAGCUCGGUACUGAGCCAAUUAUUGAUCAUGUUUUCUCUUCAAGUGGUGAUGUUCUUGCUAUCACUGUGGGUAACUCAGUAAAGUUGUACAAGGUAAAGGGUCUGUCUAAGCCUGAGCUUUUUGCCGAAUUGAAGGGUCAUAACAAAACGGUUACUUCGGUUGACAUUUCUCCUGAUGGAUCACGGAUUCUCACUUGCUCUCAAGACCGGAAUGCCCUUGUUUGGGAAAUGUGUGAAGGUGAAUAUAAGCCAACCUUGGUGCUUUUGCGUAUUAACAGAGCUGCUACCAUUUGUCGUUGGAGUCCACUGGGAGACAAGUUUGCUGUCGGAUCUUCUGACCGGAUCAUUGCAGUUUGUUACUAUGAAGAAGAGAACGAUUGGUGGGUGUCAAAGCACUUGAAGAAGCCUUUGAAGAGUACUAUCACUAGUUUGUACUGGCAUCCCAAUAACGUACUUUUGGCUUGUGGCUCUACAGAUGGUCACACUCGUGUAUUUUCUACCUUCAUUAAAGGUUUGGAUGCUAAACCAGAAGCUACUGCUUGGGGUUCCAAAUUGCCUUUCCAAACCCUAUGCUCUGAUUUCGUCAGUGAAACUGGUGCCUGGGUUCAUGGUGUUGCAUUCAAUGCCACCGGUGAAAUAUUAGCCUUUGUCAACCACGAUUCCAGUCUUAAUAUUGUCUAUCCACAAGGUGAGGGUUUGCCCCCAUUGGCCUACCAUCUGGUUAAAACUAGCCACUUACCAUUCAGAUCAUUGGUGUUUGUUAACGAUAACAAAAUCGCCGCAGCAGGUAACGACAAUGUAUUGGUUGUUUUUGAAGGUGAUCAAAAUGGCUGGAAGGAACUUGGACCUACAGAAAAGAUAUUGGACCCUAUUGUCAAGCACUCGUCAACGUUAAGAAGUGCUGAUGACGAUGAUGAUGAAAUCUCCUCACAUGAUGCUUUGAACAUGUUCAAGCAGUUGGACUUGAGAGGUAGAGUCACGAAGACCACUACUGGUGGAGCCAACCAAUCAACUUCUCAUCAAAACACCAUUACUUCGGUUAAGUUAUAUUCGCUGAGCCAUGUCAGUACCUCUGGUGACGAUGGAAGAGUUGUUGUCUACAAAGUUUAG